UGUUGGGCGACAGUUACUGUGAGCCGAGAGGUUGAAAACCGUGAAGCUCCUCCGUUGCAUGGUGGCUAGACUGCCACAUUUCUUCCUAUUUUGCUGCAGAGGUGGCUGAAAGCCCCUGACAGCCUUGCUUAUGGAGAAAUUUUUCUCCUGGUCUGUUAGCAAGCUUGCGAGAAAGCGCGCUCGGACGGUUACGGAGUUCGAGAAAAAGCGCUUGAAGAUGCGGCCGCAUUUUGGAUACCGCCUGCUCUACUGGGAGCUCGGUGCCAUUCACAGAGCUGCCAGCGCGGGCAAUGUGGCCGCAGUGGAGAAAAUGCUGAUUUGCAGAAGAAGCGGUGUAGAUGACGUGGACCACAAGAGCAGGACCGCUCUGCACUGGGCCUGUGCAAAAGGCCACCAAGACGUGGUAGCUUUCCUCAUAAGCCAAAGAUGUCUACUUGAUCCGCAAGAUAAAAGGGCUGCAACACCGCUGAUAAAGGCUGUACAGUGUCCCGCUGAGAACUGUGCUACACUCUUACUGGAUCAUGGGGCUGAUCCAAAUAUUGAGGAUGAAAUUGGCAACACUGCUCUCCACUAUGUGGCCUACGGAGAAAAUAUAAGAAUGGCCGAAAAGCUGCUUUCCAGCAAUGCAGAUAUCGAAAAGAAAAAUAAGACUGGCCUCACACCACUGUUAGUGGCUAUUCAACAAAACCAAGAAACUAUGGUCAAAUUUUUAAUAUUACAGAAUGCAGAUGUUUUUGCAGUUGAUAAUCUAAACAGAACAUCCCUCAUGUUUGCGGGACGGUAUAGUACGGAAAACAUAGUACACAUGCUUCUUGAACUAGGGGUUGAUGUGCUUUCUGAAGACAUUGCUGGACAUUCUGCUAGGGAUUAUGCUCUUCAAAAACGUAAUAUGCAAAAUUACCAACUCAUUUCGUUGUUUCGAGAAAAUGCUGCACUUGAGAAGAUUGUAAAUACAAAUCCAGAUGAUGAGCAUUCUAAAGAAUAUAGAAAAAGGCUUUUGGAAAUACCUGAUGUUAAUCAUGAACUGCUUAUAUCAUAUGAGAAAGGCCUCAUUCAUUUGCCAAGGUAA